CUCGUCGAAUCCACGCGACCGCGAGAGCUCUCGGAAAGCACCACCAGCCCCCGCCCCCCCUCCAAGCCCCACGAGAGGGACGAAUCUUCCGAAUCUCUCGGCGGCGAUGGCGCUCUCCGACCGCUCCCGCGAGUCGCUCCUCCCGAGCUUCCUCUACGCCUCCUCGGCGCGCUCCUUCGCCGCCUCCUCCCCCGCGCGCUCCUUCGCCGCCUCCGCCCCGGCGCCGGCCGCGGCUGCUGGAGCUGGCGGCGGCGGCGCGCCGUUCUCGAUCCAGGCGCCCAACGAGAAGAUCGAGCUCUACUCGCCGGCGUUCUACGCCGCCUGCACCGCCGGAGGGAUCGCCAGUUGCGGGCUCACCCACAUGGCCGUCACGCCGCUCGACCUCGUCAAGUGCAACAUGCAGAUCGAUCCAGCGAAAUACAAGAGCAUCUCAUCUGGAUUUGGUAUCCUGUUAAAGGAGCAAGGGGCUAGGGGCUUUUUCAGGGGAUGGGUGCCUACCUUGCUUGGUUACAGUGCUCAGGGGGCUUGCAAGUUUGGCUUCUAUGAGUUCUUCAAGAAGUACUACUCAGAUAUUGCAGGGCCUGAGUAUGCCCACAAGUACAAGACUCUAAUCUACCUCGCAGGUUCUGCUUCUGCUGAGGUAAUUGCUGAUGUGGCUCUCUGCCCCUUCGAAGCUGUGAAGGUACGUGUGCAGACGCAGCCUGGAUUUGCUCGUGGGUUGAGUGAUGGGCUCCCCAAAUUUGUCCGGUCUGAGGGUGCUCUCGGGCUCUACAAGGGAAUUGUUCCUCUCUGGGGUCGUCAGAUUCCUUAUACCAUGAUGAAGUUUGCUUCCUUUGAGACCAUUGUUGAGCUUAUCUACAAGCAUGCUGUGCCUGUUCCCAAGUCUGAGUGCAGCAAGACGACCCAGUUGGGUAUCAGCUUUGCUGGUGGCUACAUUGCUGGUGUCUUCUGUGCUAUUGUUUCUCACCCGGCUGACAACCUUGUGUCUUUCCUAAACAAUGCCAAGGGUGCUACAGUGGGUGAUGCUGUUAAGAAGAUUGGUCUCUUGGGUCUUUUCACCAGAGGACUUCCUCUUCGUAUUGUCAUGAUCGGUACCCUUACUGGUGCUCAGUGGGGAAUUUAUGAUGCUUUCAAAGUCAUGGUUGGACUCCCAACAACUGGUGGUGUUACUCCUGCCCCAGCAGAGGCUGAAUCGAAAGCCAGCGCUUGAUUUUUCAGUACUCCCUGAGAUCGUAUUUGGUGGAUGGAAUUGUAUCAGUCACUCAAGAGCUAGUCCCAAAUCUUUUGUUUUUUUCUUAACGGAUGAUUUGUCCGUCAUCCUUUUGAUGAGAGGAACUCAUUAAACAGGUGAAAUAGGUCUUUUUUGCCCCGGGAAAAGUUUAUGCUCGAUGCAUAAUAAUUUGUAGGACAGCAAGGCUGUUAGAGCGAAGAUUUUGUUUACCUCCUGUACCGAGGAAUGCUCACAAGUCGCAUCAUGGAGUUUUCUGGAAGCAUGCACCUAAUUUGAUGCUCAUUCUGCCAUAUCAUGGUAGAGUAAUCGGUUACCCUUGUUUUCAACUACAACUCUUCGUUUGCUCC